UGUCAGUGUCAGAUUUGUGUUAAUAAAGUCACUUGAGGUCAGCCAUUGGUUCAAUCCUAAUUACCACUCGCUUGAUUCGCCUUGCUGGGAGUCACAGCCUGGAUUGCCGGCAAGGUAUAUUAGCCGCCAAGAUCCAGACUUAGGUUUCGCGGGGUCCCGAAUUCUUAUUCUUGUGUCGAUCGAUAGCUAAGAAUAGCUUGAUUUUUUCAAGAUGCUGUACACAUCUCUUCUUGCGCUUGCGCUCGCAGCAACGAGCUUCGCCCAGAUACCUGAGGGCUAUCGUCAAGUCGUGAUUACCUCCUCCUGGAACGACAAUUUCGUUCUACAGCCAGCAACUCCAGUCGCGAGUGGCAGUUCAAUCGUACUGUUUACCUUAAAUAGCACCAACAUCGGGCAACAGUGGUACCUAAAGGAUGGCAGUACCAAGAUCCAACUAGCCAGCUCGACACUCUGCCUAGACGCUGGCACAGGCCGUAGUAACGGAAGCCCUCUGACUGUCGCCACCUGCGCCGACACUUCAGCGUCGCAGAAAUGGCUUUAUAAUACUGACAGCCAAAUUGUCCUCGACCAGACAGGCACAAAUCUUUGCGCUGAUCUCUACAUGGGUACUGUCAAAGAUAACACCAGGGUCGUCAUUUGGCAGUGCAUAGCUGGUGACAAGAAUCACAUCUGGAAGGUUGCCAAUGUCACAUCCGCAGUUAUUACUUCUGAUUCUGAUUGAUAUGUUGGAAAGGGACACAAUAUGACGUUUUAAGGUCUUGGAAAUAAUACGGGAAGGGACUCUUGUAUAUAGGCGAAG